AACUCCGAGAAGGAGAUUCCAAAGUGCCAACCUUAUAGUAACGCGAAAUUGUUCGCUUGAGUGCUAGCUGGCACUCAUGAAUGAUCCCAUCCCUGUUCAACCGAAACUUGGCGAGCGAGAGCCGAGUAAUUGCUUAGCUGGCCCAACCAUGGCCCCACAAUCAUGGCCCAACAGGCAAUUAUCUUUCAGUGUAAGAUUUUCUUACCACAGCGUUGAUCUUCAUCAUUCCAUUUGUGUGUUUCAGGCCUUGAACAUCCCUUCGAGAUCAUCAUGACUGGAUCCGCUACUGUCGCCUCCGUUCUGGGACUUGUUCUCAUUUUAGCCACUUCUCAUUUUAGUGUAGGAGAGCCACGAGGUUCUCGGAAAACUAUAUUUUCCAAUCUUAACGAGACAACAUCCGCCACUCACCGCGAAGGAAAAGUGUUUUCGUUGUUCAACGUUGUUCAGUUCAAGAAUGAGGGUUGCCGGAGUACGAGCACUAUCAGCAGUGGUGGAACGGGAUCGAGUAACCGCAACGGGACUUGUUACACCUCCACGGAAUGUACCACACGCGGUGGAUCUGCUGCUGGUUCUUGCGCUUCAGGAUUCGGCGUCUGCUGUGUGUUCUUAAUCUCUAGCUCGGGGGCAACUGUGUCUCAAAACUGCAGCUAUUUGCGAAAUCCCGGAUUCCCCAAUGCUUACGCUGAAACCUCUCAAGUCUCCUACACAAUUCAAAAGUGUGACAGCAGCGUGUGUCGAUUGAGGCUGGACUUUGAAUCGUUCUCUUUGCUGGGAACGGGAAACACGGAAGAAUUUCUCGAUCCUAAUCCAGGAGGUCAAUGCAGGGAUAUGUUUACCGUUUCAUCUAACACAGGCAACACUCUUCCAACGAUUUGUGGACAAAACACGGGACAACAUAUCUAUGUGGAAAUGGGAUGUCUCGACUCUGACACUGUCUCUGUCAAUUUAAAUAUAGACGGAUCCACGGCUGUGCGAAUGUGGGAGAUCAAAGUGACCCAAGUCAAGUGCAACACCGAGGGACAGCCUCGCAAUUGUGGCUGCCUUCAGUACCACACGGGUCUGACGGGCCGAUUGACCACGUUCAACUUCCUUCCCACGAAUGACAACCACUUGGCCAAACAAGAGUAUUCGAUCUGUAUCCGCCAAGAGGCCGGCAUGUGUUGUGUGGAGUACACGGUGUGUGCAGAUGCCAGCUCGUAUUCUUUGGAGGCCAAAAACGAUGAUGGUACCAACAUGCAGGAUUCUAAUUGUUCCAAAGACUACGUCGGUAUUGAGGGAGGAAGUGCCACUUGCAAUGCCAGUCCCGGGGAUGUGUUAUUCACCCAGUUCUGCGGCAACGUGUUCACCACCGAUGAAGCCGCCACGAUGAACAUGCCCAUUUGUGAUUGUACCAAACCCUUUCGAGUGGACAUAUUCACUGAUGAAGAUACUGAUGAGGCUGAAGCAACAGCAAAUGAGAAGCAUUCUAGAGGUCUGUGUUUGGAAUAUCGACAAAUUCCGUGUUAGAAACAACAUAACUACCGAACAGUUUAGAAAAUAAUGUUUAGAUAUCGCAGCAUGUGAAUAAAACAAGUUAAAUACAUGUUACAUUUGUU